CUGCCGGUUGAAUAGCGUUGGCAGUGACUUUUGUUCAUUCAUCGGGUGAAGUACGUAAUAAAAUAUUUGUAUAGAAUACUUGUUGAAAAUAAUAAUAAAUAUUAUUUUUUGGACAUUUAAAAUAAGGAUAAUAUUUUGUGAGGCUGCCACAGGAUUGAAUAAAUUAUAUUGAAGGAUAUCUUACAAAAAGCCACAUCAUGGAUAUGAAUUUUAUGAACGAGGCAACUGAAUAUUUACCAGCCACUAUACCAGACGUCAAACAUUUUGAGUUGAAAGUGUUGGAGGAGAAGUUGGAAAAAUUAUAUGUCGGACUUGAUACAAUGAAAGCGCAUUUAUUCACAUAUCAAAAUGUACGGCAAUGCACCAUAGAGGAGACCAGAAACAUAUUAAACCCAGACUUGGCUAAUCUUAUUGAUGAAUACGAAAGCAUUCAGUAUAAAUUGUUGGAUAUAUUAAAACUUUGGCAACGGAAACAAGCCUUGGCAAUUCUAAGUGAACCUUUACCCUGUCAUUUGGAUGAGAUACAAUAUAUUGUUGAGAUAUUGAUGGAUCGAAUAGAAGAUAUUAAAUUAUUUAUUGCUACUUUAUUAAGUUUUGAAUAUGAGCCGAAACUUGAAAACCAUUCGCAGCGCGUCCAACGCUUACAACACGUUCUUAUAGUUUCAUCAUUCAUCGUAGAGGAGCAGCCACCACAAGUUAAGAAGAAAUUGACGAAAUUUUCGGCGAAAAUACGUUGGUUAAUUGCAAAUAAAUUGAAUAUAUACUCGAGCAAGCCGAAAGUGGUGUGUGCAGUACUUUCGGAGGCUCAGGUUAAAGAGAUUGAUCUAGAAAGUUUGCAAAUCCCUGUCAUACAUCAAGGCAGCAUGUCGGGUAAUGAGUGUGAAAUGAACUACGACAACGAUAGUCGUCGCUUUUCAGCAGAGUUUGCAAAUCUUACAAUUACAAAUAUCGAUCGUUCGGAAAGGAGAGGCAGUGAAAGCGUUAAAGAUGAGAAAUGCGCUUUACUAUUCUAUACUACAGUUAAUGUGGGAUACCCAAUUAAGUGCGGCGCUCUUACGCUGCCAAUGGUGGUCACUGUGCACGAUAUGCAAGCGCCACAAGCGUGGGCCACAAUAACUUGGGAUAAUGCUUUCUCAUCGAUAAAGCGUGUACCGUUUAAAGUGCCAGAUAGAGUACAUAUUUCAGGAAUAUUGGAGAUGUUAAGCAUGAAUUUUGCCCAUACAACGGGUCGUCCUUUAUCCUAUGAAAACAUGGAAUUUCUUCGAAAGAAACUGCUAGGCACUGAUAACGGUCUGGUUGAUGAAUAUGUAAGUUACGCUCAAAUUGCCCGCGAUAAGAUACCACCAGAGCACAAAUUUACAUUUUGGGAAUGGUUUUAUGGUGUAAAGAAAUUAACAAGAGAAUACUUCAAAGAAACAUGGAUGAGUGGGCACGUGGUUGGAUUUAUAAGUAAAAAUGAAGCUAAGCGUAUACUAUCGCUUGAAGAAAAUGGUACAUUCUUGAUUCGCUUCUCGGAUAGCGUAAUAGGUGGAAUAACAGUUGCCUAUCGAGAUUUCUAUGGUCAACUAAAAAUCAUAUCACCAUGGAAAUGGCAGGAUCUUCAAACACGCUCCUUAUCCGAUCGUAUUAGGGAUGUGGACAUCCUGAGUGUCGUAUAUCCAACAAGGACACCAAGUGUUUUAGCAUUUUGUCGUUCAACACAUGCAAAUCGUGUAACCACUCGUGACGGUUACGACGGAACGAUGGAACUUCGGGUGCAAAUUACUUCACAGCCUGCGAACAAUUUCGGCCAACAAAUCCAGCAACAAAUUUCACAAACAGCCAACAGCGAACAUUCAUUAUCCUCUCCUAAUAACAACGAUUUUGAAAUUCUAAAAGAAAUAAUGAAUGAAUUUCUUUCAUCCAGUUCAAGCGAAGGGUAUCAGUCCGAUCCAUUUUUGUGAGUUUGCAAAUCAACCUGAGCGACCUCAUUAUAACUCAAACCAGUGAAUUGUUCAAUGAAGUUUCAGAAUAUGCAAGAAAUAAAAUAGUUGUAACAAAACAUAUUUUAAAAUUUUAUAAGAAUUAAAUUGUUGUUUAAUAUAAAGAGCAGCCAAGUGAUAGUUAUUAAGGCUUAUUUUUCUAUUUUAAAUGUAAAUUUUUAUAUGUAUGUAUAUAUGAAAUCUAGUA